AUGAGCGCAGAUAACAUGCAAUUCCACACGCAUUCUCCGCGGGUUGAGCCACUGGAAGCGCUCACGAACAGCAGCGCGAAGCAGACGGGACUGCUCGAGGGCGACCAUUCCGACGGCGUGUCGAACACCCAACAGUCGCCAUCGGGACAUGCAGGGGCUGAAGGCCGGUGGUGGACGCCUUCAAAGAAGGCGGAGCGACGCGUAUCUGCUUCUGUCAUGCCUCGUACUGGCCUCUGUCACGGCAUUAAGGAUGUUGCGAGUUUCAAGUUAGAAAAGUGCCGCGUGGCAAGGUCCCUGGCCAUCCAGUGGCUCUCUUUGCUGAUGCACAGCCCACCAGACGCCUCCGCACUUGAGGCUUACCGAAGGCUGAAGCUGCAGCAAGGGCAGCAUCAAGGUAGCAAGGGGGCAGGGUUAGUCAAGAAUGGAGGAGUUGCACACAGGGGGGCUUUAUUUGUGGAAGUCGCGAGAAGAGGUGUCGGCUCUUCCUCUUUUUCUUCUACUGCCGCUGCCACUGUUGGCGUUAAUGCCGUUUCAGAUGCUGGUACCCAACAUGAAGGUAAGAUCGGUUCGAGUAAACUUCAGCCUUGUGCAGAGACGUUUGAGCUUGUACCCGUGGAUGAGCAGUCUGUUUCAGAGCUUAUCCGACUGCUUCGCGAGAUUGCUUUGGUGGGUGCCUCACUGGGAUCCCUUUUGCCUCACAAAGAGGGAGCUGGGAUGAAUGGUGUGAGUUCUUCACCCCCCAUCGUGGGAGGCAGUGAGACGGGCGCUGCGGAUGACAGGGUGACAGGCUACAGAGCCAGUGCCAGUGACAAUGGCAGUGUCACUGGCAGCAGCAGCAGUUGUAACUGUGACUCGCUCUGCACUGUGACUGAUAAUCAUUGGGAGGAUAUUAAGUCCUGCCUUAAUGCUUUGCAACAAUUGGUGCAGAAUCGCGAGGAAUUGACGUUGGUGUUGGACACCCUGCUGGGCAGUGACUGGUGCCCAGACGACGAUUCGUCACCAAACGAGUUGGAAGGUUCAUGUCCUGCUGAGGUGCUGUUGCCACCGUCGCAGGCGACGAGCUCGGCGGGCAUUGCGUUACAGCGGGCAUCGUUCCUCGCUGACGGGGCGACGGCGCACGGACCGAAGCACCAAGAGGAAGUUGAGGAGGCACAGCAACAACAGCGGCUGGUUUCGGAUAAUGUGAAGACGAACACACUCAAUCACAAGGCCGUUCCUUUUGAGUCGCGGCUGCAUUCUGUUUUGGCAAGUCCUCCAUUGAGUGCGGCCCCGUAUUAUUUUUCACGGGGAUCCACAUCAACGCAGGCGGUUGACCCGCACACGGCCUCUCCCGCCUCUUGCGCCUCUUACACAACCACGCCAUUGCUUCAGUGCAGUGGUAGUCCAGUGGAACCAGCGGGCUCGGGUAUGACGCCUGUCACUACGGCAGUAGUAGGCAGCAUGACACCUUCGACGGCACCCUCCUCAUUUUCGCCCGGCACAACAUUCAAGCUGGAAUCCCGUGAAGACAUGCUUCGUCGCCGUACGGCUGCAGCCGCGGCUGCGGCCCACUAUGCGCAUAACAACUCUGGAAACUACUAUGGCAACCGAUCACGUGGUCCUUGGAGCGGUUCUGGUUCCCCGCUUUUGCCUUUUAUGAACCCUGUUGUGAAUCCGUCGCAUUGCCCGUAUGAUUACCUGCUUGUGUUGGAUUUUGAGGCCACCUGCGAGGAGAGUAUCCCACCAUCAUACCUGCACGAAAUUAUUGAGUUUCCUGUGGUUCUUGUUGAUGUAAAACUGCAGCGAGCUGUGGCCGAGUUUCGCCAGUUUGUGAGACCCAAGGUGAAGCCCCAACUGAGUGAAUUCUGUCGUCGUCUGACGGGUAUCCGUCAGGAAGACAUCGACAAUGCCUUGCCACUAGAGGAGGUCAUUCGCCGGUUUGAGCGAUGGCAUGCAAAUACCAUUCCCCCUGGCUCUCGCACUAUGCUGGCCACAGAUGGUCCCGCUGACCUAAAGGAGUUUAUGUACGUUCAUAGCGUCUCACGGCAAGGGAUCCGCUUCCCCAGCAUGUUUUACCAGUGGAUCGAUGUGAAGCGUUUCUUUGCACACUUCUUUCAGUGCCAACAGGGCAAAAUACGAGCGAUGCUCGAUGCGUUGAACUGCCCCUUUGAGGGGCGGCUGCACAGUGGUAUUGACGACGCAAGGAAUGUUGCGAACAUUGUCAUACGCAUGCUGAAACUGGGAUGCUCCUUCUGUGAAAUUCCACUCAGCCGCUUGCCGUACGGGAUGACGGUUACCACCGCAAGCCUCGUGGCGCCUGAAACAGCAACGGCCACAACGGCGACAGCGACGACGAUAGGGCCGAUAUCAUCGGCUAAAGAUACCGUGAAUGCCUCCUCAGCCUAG